AAUUCUCUUUUAAUUCCAAGCCCCAAGUUACUGUAACUUAUACUACUAUUAUGCGGCUCACAUAACUCCGAGCAAAAUCCAUCUCCGUCCGACCGACCGGUGACUACCUUUCUUCUGCCACUAAUUAUCUCCGCCGUCUAAGAGACCUCAGAACCUAAAUCUCUGAAAACUGCACUGAAUCAGGUUUUCUAGAUUCUGUUUAAUUUCUCCACAUCUAGCUCGCUCUUUGGCGUUGGAAUUCAGUAAUCUUUUUCACCUGUCCUGACAACUUCCCUCAGAAUACCAUGGAUUCGCAAAGCCAGAAUACUUCAUUGCAGCGGCUGCAAAAUGUUGAGAAGAGGAUAGUCAGAGUUCUGGAGCUAGCAGGAGGUGUAAUGGAUGAAAUGGCAAAUCCGAGCGGCCCCAGGAAGGAGCUUAUUAACAACCAUUGCAGUGAGUUCAUGCAACUAAUCAAGGACAUUCAGGUCACACUUCGAGAAGAAAUCAAAAGUGCAUGUGAAUAUCGUCCUUUCGAGAAGUGUGACUAUGUACCAAGAAUAUCAAACGAGAUCUGUUGCAAGAAACUAGAGUAUGUCAUUUCUCAGUUUGAUGAUAUGAAGCGGACAAUUGAGGGGUAUCAUGCUGCAGCAUCAGACCAUAUGGUCCUCGAUUAGUAGGUAAUAUACACGGUGUUGCUUCUUGUUCAUGUGGAAACAUAAAUAUCUACGACAACAACUACUACACCUCAAUUCCAAGCAAGUUGGGGUCGGCUACUCUCCCCAGGUUUAUUUAUUUAGGCUUACCCUGGUCUUGGCCGUUCAGCAAGCAAAGAUGAGUUGACUUACUUGAAUCCUGAAUCAAAGCUUCUCUUUAAAACAAUUCUUAAAUGUCCCUAUGGUGCUGGAUUUGUAUCUUAUUCCAUCAAUACUUUAGCUCAGUAUCUGCUGUUGAAUUGUGGUCGUGGCACAUUUUGUAUCCAUAUUGUUUAUGCAAUGAAUUUUGCUUAAUGUUGCAAA